AUGUCGUCACCACCACCAUACCAAUCCUCAUCCAACCCCCUCAAGCGACCCUCCAUCUCCUCUGCCGCUUCGAUGCCACUUGGCAAGAAGCAGCGCAUGCACCCACUCCGCCAGACUUCAUUUCCGACCGGCAUCGAUAUUGGAGACCGCAGCUUCGGCGGUACUAGUGACGCCGGGAGCGUGACAGGCAGUUAUACAGGGAGCUUGGGCGGGGCAAGCGCAGAUGGAAUCUUCUCUGGUGCAGCACGCGGAAAGAAAAGAGGACGCAAAAGCAAAGCGGAGAAAGAGCGAGAACGGGAGCGUGAGGAUGCUCUGAGCGCCAGGGCGGGAGAUUCUACACGAUUCGGAUCAGUUGAUAACGAGGGCUCGGUUCGAGGUGGUCCUUCUGGCGGUGGAGGUGGUGGUGGAGGUGAUGAUGCGGACGAUUAUGAUGAGGACGACGAGGCAGAGCUAUUUGGACAGCAAGAAGGAGCUACGGAUACAGAGGCUGAGAAGAAGAACCUAGCUAUUCUUGUUGACGCCUUUAAUCCUAUGCAAUCAGAGAGGUACGAUCUCUUCAAGCGAGCGAAAUUGCGCAAAGAAACUCUCCGCCGUAUCGUCAACCAUGCCCUCUCACAAUCCGUCCCAGCCAGUGUGGUGACGACCGUCAAUGGUUUCACCAAGGUCUUUGCCGGUGAAAUGAUUGAAAUGGCGCGAACAGUCCAGGCCCAAUGGGCCGAAGCACACGACCUUGCUGCGCGCGACGCGUUUGAGGCCGAAGAAGCCGCCGCCGAAGCCGCAGCCCAGGCGAAAGCCUCGGGUGUAAGUGCAGGUUCCAAGCCCUCUACGCCAACCCCCGCAGGCACACCAGUCCCCGGCUCCACACCAGCAUCUUUCACCAACGGAAUUAAAAAAGAACCACAUGACUCCAACCGUACGCCCACGCCCUCUAUCCCUACUCAUCCGAAUUCGGCAACAUCCUCUCCUCGGCCAACUUCCACCAUGCUCCGCCCUAGACGCGAGUUCCGUCUUCCACCAAACCCACACCGAGGCCAGCUCCUACCGUCACAUCUGCGUGAAGCGGUACGACGGACAAAGCGUAAUGGCGAAGGUGGUGGAGUCGGUUACUCGGGAUUAAGUCUGGAGAACCUGGGAGUGCGAGGCUCCUUCACAUGGAACUCUGGAAGUGUAGGUGGGAGAAGGCUUUUCCGAUAA